AAGUCAUCUGACGUUACGCACCAGUCGUCACAAUGAGUUCAUAGUCGGGCGUCAUUAAGAGUGUGCGCGCGCGCUCAUAGAAGUGUAUUGUGGUUGAGAGAGAGAAAGAGGAACAUCCACAGAUGUGUUAAGGGGUCAUUCGGGGUUUGCUUUAGUAUCCUUCUCUAUUUUUAUAGCGCAAAGCUAAUAUGGACACGAAGUGGCGAUUGCCCAUGCAUUGCGGAUAAUCUCUGUGCGCACUGAGUGGAUUUUUACGCGGAGUCACCAGGAACCUAAGAAUCUCUCCAAAACUCGUCUGACAAAUCUUCUGGAGUUGAAAACUAUCCGAAUCAAUAAAACACAGGGGAAUAAGUAUAAGAAUCAAAAAAAUGACUAUAGAUAUAAGGUUGUUGCAUCCACCUACGCGCAUUUGGUGAUUUGUAAAUCAGCUAUUGGUGUCCGGACGGAUGUUUGGCGUAAACGAGCACGAACACGGAGCAGAAGCGAAGUGACGGGAUCGGGAGAGCCGUUUGGAUUUUGGCUACAUUGUGGAGAUCAUUCAUCAUGGUGUCCAUAAAGUCCUUAAAUAAGGCGUUUGUCGACUGCAUGGCUCUUUUGUUCUGCCUGGCCGUCAUGUUUGAGUUGGCUUUUUCUCAAAACGACACGGAACCCAUCGUCCUGGAGGGCAAAUGUCUGGUGGUUUGUGACUCGAACCCCGCCGACUGGAAGAGCUCGUCCUCGCCGCUCGGCAUCUCCUUGCGCGCCGCCAACUCCAAAGUGGCUUUCUCUGCGGUGAGGAGAAACAACCACGAGCCCUCUGAGAUGAGCAAUAAAACGAGAAUCAUAUACUUUGAAACGGUUCUUGUCAACAUAGGAAACUAUUUCACCAUGGAAUCCGUCUUUCUUUGUCCCCGGAAAGGAGUCUACAGCUUUAACUUUCAUGUUAUUAAAGUGUACCAGAGCCAGACUAUACAAGUGAAUUUAAUGCUGAAUGGAAAACCAGUCAUCUCUGCAUUCGCAGGUGACAAAGACGUCACACGCGAGGCCGCCACCAAUGGAGUCCUCCUUCUCCUCAACAAAGAAGACAAGGUUUAUCUAAAACUGGAGAAGGGGAAUCUGGUAGGAGGAUGGCAGUACUCCACCUUUUCUGGCUUUCUUGUUUUUCCUCUGUAAAGCAAACAAAAAGACCGCCGCCUUUACUGUCCGAUCGUCAUUGUGUAUCCAGCCCUUCAGCAUUAAUUGGAGGCACCCAAAUGGAAUCAUAAUUCCAGACAUUCAUUCGGCUGUUGUCUGCGGACUGCUGGAAAAUGCGUCGGUGAAUCUAGAAACAUCUACUUCAGUGCAAUAUCACUUUCUGCUGAGAUCCAGGAUUCAACACGUCAUGUCAGACUGUUUGUUCGCUUCGUUCGUAUGUGUGUAUUGGUUUUUAGCGUGUGGUUUUUAGUGAAAUGAGGGAUCCUGAUUUAGUAUUUGUUAAUAAGGUCAUUUCCAGUUCUGCCACUUGAGGGCACAAUAUUUGAAAAACCUUGCACUGCACCAUGCGUAUUUAAAAAAAAAAAAAAAUAAUGUAAUAACAUUUAAAAAAAAUCAUUGUUUUCAAGCAAAUACACAUGUAAAUUAGACUUGUUCAUGCUAAAUAUCAAUGCUUGUUAGCCUGUGCUAUUUAUCGCCAUGAAAAACAAAACUUGAUUUAAAAUGAUUUCCAUUUGUUUCCAGUUAUUCAUCAUAUGAUGAUCAAAUGAGAAUAAGAAGAACAUUAUAAUGGCCAUGUUUCCCAACAUGCUCCGUACUUUCUGCACCAUUGCAAUGGUUGAGUGAGGGGCCGUUCACACAGUACGGCUGCAUCCGAAAUCCCAUAGUCGGCGAAAAACAGUACAACAUAAGUAUGUCCAAAUUCACGGUACUCAUAAAAGAGUACUCGUAUCAUGACCUACUACUUCCGGGGAUAUUCUGAAGUGUGCGUAUGAUGGGGAGGAUUCUUGAAUGACUGACGCUGGUAAAGUCACAUGAUAAUGACAACAUGCCGAAUGUAUUAUGUCCGGAUUACAUUCAUAAUAUAUAGAACAUACUUUUUUAGCAGUAGUGAAGUAUUACUAUUAUUAUGCGAUUUAUGGAUGCUGCCUAUGUGUUUUUCCAUUCCACUGCGCUACUUUUCCAUUGUUUAUCAAUGUAAAUAUGCGCUAGACGGACAUGUUUGACCAUUGCACUUGCGUCUUUUGACAUGCCGUUCUAAAAACUCAACGCUCAAGUUAAAAUAAAACUUUUAAAAAAUG